AUGGUGCAGCGGCUUGCCGUGUUCCUGCUCCUGGCGGCGGCUUCGGCCAGCCGAAUGGUGGAGACUCACCUUGAUUUCCCUCGUCCCGAAGAGCAGGGUGCAGAGCCAUGGUGGCGCAAGUUGCACCGGCGGUGGAGAAAAGGAAAGAAAGGGGAGAAGUGCACGUGUGGUGAGGUGGACUGGAAGGAACAAGAUUGUUGUGGGCAUGACUUGAUUUGUGCAAAGAAGACUGGUACCUGCGAGCCAUCCUUGUUGUCUGAGUGCUUUGGAGACUUCGAGUGUGAGGCGAGCUCAGAGAACUAUGGCCGAGAGAUGGCGUGCAGUCGGUCCAAGGCGGAUGAUGUCGGGCGUGCAUAUUUUUGGGGACACAAGGACCGGGUCAGCCCCUGA